AAGACAGAGAUGCAUCAAGGGAUAUCUCAAGCUCUUCUCACCUAUGGAGUCUAGUAUCAUUUCUAUUGAAGGCCAAUAUGUAUCCAAACCACUGUAAGAGAAAAGUAGACAUCAUAAGGAAUCAGUUGAUACUAAAUAUGAUGGAUUUAAGAUACAGACCUAUUCUAGAACUUUGCCAGGGUUUGUAUGUAAACAAACCCAAGGACUAGUGUACAGUUGCUAUAUACCAUUAAGUGGAGUGAAAAAUGCAGUACUAAUUUCUAGAAAAUCAGUAAAAGUGAAUGUCAUACACAUUUUUGCUUUUUAGGAUGAUAUUUAUUUUUUUUUUUUGAUUAUUAAUAAAUGAACUGUUUGUUUAACCAGAACAUUACAGUUUCAGGUAUUGUUAUGUAGACAUUCCUUUGUAAUUAUCCAGAAUAGGGCAGUGUGAAAAAUCUAAGUAAUGGAAACAAAAAUACAUAAUACAACUUUUAUGUAUAUAAGACAAUCUUUGCAAAGUAAAGACAGGCCUGUAAUCAACUCCUAAGAUCAAAGUGUUUGGAUCCAUACAUCUUGUUAGGUCAUGACAUGAGUGUUUCAUGCUUUGGUAGCAAAUUUUGGCCACAGUUAUUUUAGCAGGGAAGGGAUUGUAGAUCCUGAGAAUUUAUCAUCAAUGGAAUUAACCCAAGAUUAGUCUUACUAGAGUAUACAGUACUAAGUGAAAUCUAGCUGACCUACAGCAUUACUUCUACAGAUGCUAUAUGUCUGUGUACUGAGUCAAGAAAUGUGAUAAAUUACAUGUGAAGAAAGUAUUACAAAUAUCCCAGUAAUGUAACUAUUGCUGUUGAGUUUUAAUUUAUAUACUGUGACAUAUGUCAGCAGUAAAAGGAAGCAGAAAAAAAAUUAUAUGGAAGAAACAUUGGUGAUAAAAUUCCUUCUUCCCUCCCUCCAUGGACUGCCUGUCUUUUUGAAUGCAUUCUUUAGAUCACAGUUGAAGAACUUCAUUAUAAUCCUCUGCAUGACUGCCCACUCACCAUAUAAGCAUACACCACUCACACCAAAACAAAUUCAGACUUUCAUCCCCUGUUAGUUCUAACACCAAAAAAAAAAAAAAAAAAAAAAAAAAAAAAAAAAAAAAAAAAAAAAAAAAGGAAUCCCAUUGAUAACAAGCUAUUCAGAUAGAAUUAAUGGUCCAUCUUUUCUAAAGGAAGAAACAGAAUUAAGAAAUUAUGAGAAAUCUUCAUGGACAGUUGACCCCUCCAAGUUACAAUUCAAGGUUAACGGGAGCAGUCGCUUGGAGGAAAGGGUUGAGGUGAAUAAAAUCCUUGACAGAGCUACUACAUCUGGCAACACUCACAUGAAAUUUUACACUUAUAUUCACUGUAUCUAGUGAGUUAUGGCCUGAAAUAUAACCCUAAUCUGUGUGUUUGUGUGUGUGUGUGUGUUUCUCAUUUUGCACUUUUGAUGGGGACAGGCAACUUUCUGUGCAAGGUGCAAAAGGAAAGAAGUAGGAAGCAAGCAGAAAAAAGAAGAAAUGGGUUGUAUUGACUCCCGGAGCUCUCAAGAGAUCUGCGACUCCCUCCUGCGGCUGAUACCUGAAAGGGAGGGGAAGGGGAUUGAGAGCCUGAAACAAAAAUAGCUUUGUAACAUUUAACAUUUCAAACUGAUGGGUGAUGUUGGUGAGGAUGACUUGGAAGUUAUACGCACAAUUCUGGUGGAAGUACAGCUUGCACAGUUUUUCACCAGGAUACGUGAUGACCUGCAGGUUACAAGGCUAAGCCACUUUGAGUAUGUUCAUGCUGAAGACUUGGAGCGUAUUGGUCUUGGGAAGCCUGCGGCAAGAAGACUGUUGGAGACUGUCAAGAAGAAGCGUGCUGCAGCUUGGAGAAAAAAUUUGGUGUCUAAGAUCUUAUCUACUGGCGGAUCCCCGUCAAGUAAGCAUAGAUCACCACCGUCAAGGACAAAUGACACUUUGCCAUCUAGCCUCACCUGUCUCAUUCAGGAGAAGGACAUUGUUCAAGGACGGAAAUUGGGUGAUGGGAGCUUUGGUGUUGUAAGAAGUGGAGAAUGGACAACUUCAAAUGGACAGAUAAAAGAGGUUGCUGUCAAAAUACUGAAGCAAGAUGUCAUCCAUGUUCCUGGUGCCCUGGAUGACUUUAUACGUGAGGUUCAGGCGAUGCAUCAGCUGUCUCAUCCUAACCUUAUACAACUGUUUGGGAUAGUCCUUUCGAAUCCUCUGAUGAUGGUAACAGAGAUUGCCCCCCUAGGCUCCUUGCUGGACCACCUUCGCAAGCAGGCAGCACAUGUGCCCAUCACAG